GGAGGGCCAGGGUAGGCUAUCCUUCCUCCUUUGUUCAUUGAGAUUGUGUUAGUAGCCACAGGGCUGGUCCUUGUGGCAAAUUGUUUGGUGCUUGCAGGUGUUUGGCUGAGAGGCCCAGAGAAAGUUUUAACAUGUUCGUUUUCCAAAAUGCCUUCAAAGGCCUGGGCCAGCUUGAAGCCUACAUUGAUGCAGAGGAAGGAGUGGCUUUCCAGAUGGACAACAAUCUGUUCUGGGACUCUCUGGGUCGAGGCUACGGCUGGGCCAUCCAGGGCCUGUUUGACAAGAUGGAGUCAGCCAAGUUCUGGAUCACCCGCCUGCCCUCGGGGAAAGUUAUGCUGAGAGACUGGAUAGGCAUGUACCUUGCCGCGAGGGAUGUUGGGACAGAUCCUGACACUUUCCCCAUCCAGCCAGUCGAAUACUCCGAAGAUGCAUCUCUGCAGUUUGAGGUCUUCCAUAGAGGUAACAGGGUAGCCUUCCAGGCUUAUAACGGUCUCUUUCUGGCUAGGAUGUAUAGAGGGUUUUACACAAUAGAAGCAGCCAAGUUGUUUGCAGAUGAUGCAUGUUAUUUUCGGCCUCUGAUUGGGGAUCUUGUCCCCCCUAUCUUUGAACUUGUACAAAUGGACAUAGAAGAUUAUUCCAAAGUAAGAUGCCACCGCCAUGUUUUGGAGAAGCAGACCUACGUCAACCGGAGUAACGUCCUGGAGCGACAUAUCUUCACCAUGACUUGGGAGACUCACUGCAUUGACCGGAUCGUCUGGGAUCGUCUGUGGGGACUUGGCUUGCCCUUUUCGUGGAGUUUCACAGUGGAGGAUGCGACCCCCAGUGUGAAGUAUACUGAGGACAACGAGAAGGCCGUCUCUUUGACCAGGUAUAUUUACAUGAAGCAAAGGAAAGAGGUGGAGGUGCCCCCCAAGACCAAAGCCAUAGCCAGCCUUUUGGUUUUUUGGCAUAAGACAGCCGCUGUGCCGUUUACGGCCGUCAUAGAAAAGGUGAAAUCAAACGGAGAGGUGGAGGUUUUGUAUGAAGGUGGUGCCUGGCAUGGGCUUGCCUUUCGUGACCUCCACAUAAAGGUCAAGCUGGAAAAACUUGGUGGGUUGUGCCCAACCAUGUGAAGGCAGCAGAACUAGCAAGCUUCCAAAGGACCUGUGUGCCUGAAUGAAUAUUCUUGCUAGGAUCCUGAAUCAUCCUCAUUUGGCUCUUUGUCUGAUGCUGUCAUUUUGCACAGUUGCCAUCUCCUGGGGAAUCUCUGCCUAUUCCUUUCUGCUUCCCUGGUGUUGGAAUAAAAAAUGUUGGCUACCUUUUUAUGACAAGAGCAGAAGAGAAUUCUUCACCUUGCAGUGCACUUGAGAGAAAAAAUGAAUAAAAUGAUGAAGCCUU